AUGUCCAAACCUACCAACCAAGCAGCAUACCUGGUCGCCAAAAACACCAUACCCCUCGAGGUCCGAACAGCCCCGUACACCCCCCCAGGGCCUGACGAAGUCGUCAUCCGCACGCAUGCCGUAGCCAUCAAUCCAGUCGACCACAUCAUUCAGCACCUCGGCAACAUAAUGUACACGCACCUCCAGUAUCCGGAAGCGAUCCUUGGAUUCGACGUAUCCGGCGAAGUCGUCCAGAUCGGCCAACAAGUUACGCGAUUCAAGCUGGGCGAUCGCGUCGUUGCAAAUGCCGUUGGUACCGCCAAAAACCGCAACCUCCCAUCCCAUUGCGGUUUCCAGCUAUACACGGUCCUCCUGCCACGCAUGACAUCUCCCAUCCCAGAGACGGUGCCGUACGAGAAAGCCGCCGUCAUCCCGCUUGGCCUCUCGACGGCGGCGUGCGGCUUGUUCCAGAAAGAUCAGCUAGCCUUACAGCACCCCUCUGUUCCGGCGCCCAAGCCAACGGGCAAGACAGUCCUCAUCUGGGGCGGGUCAACCAGCGUUGGGUGCAACGCCAUCCAAGUCGCCGUAGCAGCUGGAUACGAGGUCAUCACCACGUGUUCGCCGCGCAAUUUCGCAUACGUCAAAAGCCUCGGUGCGACAGAGGCGUAUGACUACAACAGCAGGACCGUCGUGAAGGAUAUCAUAAGGGCGUUCAAGGGUAGAGUGACAGCCGGCGCAUUGUCCAUCGGUGCCGGUGCCGCCGACAAGUGUCUUGACGUUCUCGCGGGGUGCAAAGGAGACAAAGUCCUCUCGAUGGCGACUUACCCUACACCGGCGACGCCGCCUAAGCGCUUCGUCUUCGUCCAGACUGUCGUCACAUACCUCUCCGGCCUGCUCUCGUUGUGGAUCAAGGCUAAGAGGUAUGGAGUUCGCUCGGCAUACAUCUUCGCGGACAGCCUGGUGGAUAAUGAGGUUGGACCGAUGAUAUACGAGCAAUGGCUGCCCAAAGCGCUUGCGGCAGGGACGUUUGUUGCAGCUCCUGAGGCUGAGGUUGUAGGACAUGGCUUGGAGAAUAUCCAACGCGCGAUGGAUAUCAACAGGAAGGGUGUCAGUGCGAAGAAGGUCGUGGUGACUUUGUGA